UAUGGCUGGUGGCUGAGCGAGCACGCCAAUUGAGAGCUGUGCUGUUCAAGUCUCGUGGAAGCCAAUUUCGAAAUUCCUUGACUCUGUCUUCGAUAGCCGGUUCCUUUUGUGUGUGUAUAUACAGUGGCAUUGCAUUUGCAGGAUUCCCUGAAAAUUAUCGGUUCUACGGUUGCUUUUGGGGGGUAAUAGUUUUAGUCGCUGUCAAGACCGGCGGAAGACAUGGCGUCGCAGGAGCACCUUGAGAAGAUGCAGCUUCGUCAGAAUUAUCGGAAUCUCUGGCACACCGAUCUCAUGAGGACCAUCCAGGCCGACACCCCCUAUUGUUGCUUUGCGUUGUGGUGUGCACCAUGCGUUUCAUACCUGCUCCGCAAAAGAGCUCUCUACGAUGACAUGUCAAGAUACACAUGUUGUGCUGGUUACUUGCCUUGUAGUGGGAGGUGUGGAGAAAGUAGAUGUCCUGAAUUUUGUCUUUGCACUGAGGUUUUCCUCUGCUUUGGAAAUUCAGUGGCCUCAACUCGCUUUCUGUUGCAAGAUGAAUUUAACAUCCAAACUACGCAAUGUGACAAUUGCAUUAUUGGUUUUAUGUUUGUCCUUCAACAAGUUGCAUGCAUAUUUUCCAUAAUCGCAAUGAUUGUUGGAAGUGAUGAAAUUCAACAAGCUUCUCAGUUGCUAAACUGUCUGGCUGAUAUGGUGUACUGCACGGUCUGUGCAUGCAUGCAGACUCAGCACAAGAUUGAAAUGGACAAGCGAGAUGGCAAGUUUGGGCCUCAGCCAGUAACGGCUCCUCCUCCUAUUCAACAGAUGUCACGCUUUGAUCAACCAGUUCCUCCUUCAGCUGGAUAUCCACAGCAACCUGCAUACGGACAGCCCUAUGGUUAUCCACCUCCAGCUCAGGGCUAUCCUGCACAAAAUUACCCCCCUGCUGGCUAUCCUCCACCGGCAUAUCCCCCUUCUGGUUACAGUAGGUGAUCGACAUUGUUAUAGAAUGCCUUUUCCUGCUCUCCUGUUCCGGUUGAGUUUUUCAGUGUCAAAGCAUUACCAUUUCAAACUUUGCCUAGUUGGGUAAACAUGUGCAGGCAGUAGCAUUGUGGGCCGAAAUGCAAUGGCUACGUUACAUUUCUCUCACAGAUUUAAUAUCUUCUGUAAUGACGAGACUAUUUGUAGCGUUGUUCAUUCUGAGCCCUUGUGAUCUCUUUAAACAAUUUGGGUUUGAUGAUGUGCAAUUAGUAGUAGUCUAAUUAACGAUAUGUUUGCGAUGUCAUGGUGUGAAUGUGAGGUAGAUUAUUAGUUUACCCAUCCGACUUCAAGGAUGUAAUAACAAUGAGCUCUGGCUUUCUUCGACAACGACAAUACUAAGAAAACUUGCUUUUGGAUAA